GCCAGAUUAAGUUAUGGGGGUUAUUCAACUUUCCCAAGAUACAAUUUUCAGGAUUAAAAGCUCUCAAGUGAUCACAUCUGCCACUGCUGCUCUAAAGGAGCUGGUAGAGAAUGCUCUGGAUAGUAAGGCCACAAUUCUUAGUAUUCGUUUGGAAGACCAUGGUUUGAGGCUACUGGAAGUAAAAGAUAAUGGAUUGGGUAUCUCUGAAGCAGAUUUGUCGCUUGUCUGCCUUCCUCACACGACUUCUAAAAUACACAGCUUUGGUGAUCUAGAAGACCUAUCUUCUUAUGGAUUUCGAGGUGAAGCCUUGUCUUCACUAUGCCAGCUAGCCUCUGUAAGCAUCACCACCAGACAACAGCAGGCAUCUGUUGGUCAGUGCUGCACAUUUUCAUCUCAUGGCAAGAUCAUCACAAAGAAAAUUGCUGCGUGUAAUGUUGGAACUACAGUGUUAGUAACCAAGCUAUUCCAUGACCUCCCUGUACGUCUAAAGUAUCACUGCGACGUGCGGCGCAAGAAGGAACAGCUCAAGAAAAUAGAGGGUCUGCUCAUGGCCUAUGCUAUUGCGCACCCUGCAUUGCACCUCUCCGCUACUCAUGAAAAACAACCAUUUAUACGCAAAUGUGCAGCCACUAACACCCUCAACGCAAUGCAUGCCAUCUUCCCAGAAUGUGCCAGCAGCUUCACAAACAUCAGCAGGAACAAAGAUCAGAUAAAAAUCUCCGUGCAUUUGCCCCGCACUUCCUCCCUCAAAUCAAGACCCCAGGACAAAAACAAUUCACAGGAGCAUCGUCCCUCUGCCGCAAACAAAUCCAGUAAAAAAAAUCUGCAGACCUUGCCGCCCUAUUGCCAUCCAUCCACUGACAGACUUUUUGUUAUAAUUAACGGUCGACCAGUGACUCAUAAACAAGUUCAAAAGAAAGUGAAAGAUUUUUUUGGUGCAUCUCAACCGAAGUAUUCGGGUCGGUGGCCCGUUGGUGCCGUGAUCAUCACCGCGCCACCGCAUCUCAUUGAUGUCAACCUCGAACCCAACAAGGACCGAGUGCUCAUAAAUGGAGAGGAAGUUAUUUUGGAGCUCCUGACGGAGAUCCUUGUAGAAAUAUACGGUCCUAUGAUUGAAGAGGCAAAUCCUUCUGAUGAGCAAGGGAAGUCCGGCUCAAAAAUUCAUUCAGGGGAAGAAUCAUUAUGCAGCGAUGAUUCUAUGGACAAAGAAAAUACGGACGCCGCCUCAGAUGAUUCAACUUGCGGUCAAUUUAGCUCCAGCGCAGUUGUUCGUAGCAAUGCAAGCAAUUUCACAAAUUUGAUGGCUGGUAAAAAAGUAAUUAAUAAUAAAAAUAUCAUUACUGCACCCUCUGACCUCUCUGGAACUGAUGUGAAUAAAUCCAAAGAAAAAUUAUACUUUAAAAAUUCAACUAGAAGAAGCAUAAUGAUAGGUGAAACUGAUGAACCAUCAAUGGUUGAAAAGAAUACUGAGAUUGACGGGACAAAGAGUAAUAAAGUUACUUAUCCUGAGAACUCUCUACUAAUUAAUGAAAAGGACAAAAAUUCUUUGAAGACCGAUAAUUUUCUGCUCACAGCCGACGAGCAAAACACUCUUCACGAAAUUCUGUCUCAAGUGGACUGUACUAGCAUCGUUGAGCAGCGGAAAACCAUUAAUGAUGAUGGUGAAGCCGAGCCCUCUUUAUUGCGUGGUGUGAGUGGUGACAUCGACCCUGUGGCGUGGAGUAAGGGCCACGUGACUGGUGAUGAUGGCAUCAACAUCGAGAGUAUUCGAGUUGCCGGAUCGGGCUCUUCGCUAGCCCGAAGGAGAGGGCGCGAGGACGAGCUUGUAAGAAACAUGGAAUCUCCGGCAAAAAAAGCGAAAAUUAAUUGUGAUGAAAACACGACAUAUCGCCAAAUAGAGCCGUUUGAGUCUGUUCAGAAUAUAGAUCAUGUCACAAGAGAAUCGGCUAGUGAUCUUGGUCAGUGUCUUUUAGAAUCAACUCGGAUUGAUGACAAUCAUGAAAAAGGUAUAAAUAGAAGUGAAGAUCAGCACCCAUUGAAGUCUUCGCUAAAUAUUGAUGAAGGAAAAUUGAACUCUGAUAUGAUGCAUACUCAACGCCAGUUUGGACCUCAUGAUAAUGAUGUCGAGACACAAGAAAAAAGCUCCAAAUCUGGGCAGAAUCAAACUAAGUUGUACAUGGAUGAUGAAGAAAGUUCCGCAAGUGCUUCCGACUCUCUUUUGACUCACGAUCAAAAUAAGAGCUCACAGAAGAAUGCCAUGGAAGCGAACAAUACGCACUCUUUGAAUCGUUCUUCGUCCCUGAGCAGUGCAACCACUUCACCAGCUACACUUGGCCAGUCUCCUUCUGGCCUCCGUCUCUCGUGGGCGGACAGACAGGCUGUCAAAGCUGUGGCGGCCACGACGGCCAAGGAGAGGUGGCCAUACGGAGGACACCUUGUCAGCAAACCUGUGUCCGCCUUCGCCUCUUUUGCUAAGCACGUCCGCGGUGACGUGUUACGGGAGUUCGCGGGUGCUGACUUUACGGUCAUCGGUCGAGAGAUCGCUGCGCGCUGGAAGGCUCUGGACGCGGAGACGCGCCGCGUGUUUGAAAACAAGGCCAAGGCGGACGAGGCUCGAUAUUACAGCGAGAUCAGGCAGCUAAGAGAUCGCGAGUUUGGGUCCAACAACAGCAAUCUAAACAAGAGCGGCGCCCUGAACGGGUCCAUGGAGAGGUUUUUGUCUCCGGUUCACGGUGGUAGCAAGAGCCUCCCAUGCCCCAAAACAACUAAAAACCAGCCAAAUUUAGACGAGGAGAGCGGCAUGCAAGGGAAGAGGCUCGUCGCUCCCUCCCUCAGGCCGUGGCAGGAUCGCUGCCUUGUCACGCACGUCACUCUUGGCGACAUUAAACGAGCCCUCCAACCUGCCAAGAGUUCAAGUUCAAAAUCGAGUGAAUUUCGAGUGAUAGGCAAGAUUUACUACCCGUCGAUUUCUCCGCGGGAAUUGGACAGCGUGGCAAAACAAGAUAUGCUAAAAAAUUUUACAAGUAAUACUGUUAAGAGCGCCAGCAAUAAAGAACUGUGCUGCGUGUGUGUGGAGGGGCGCUCUGUGUAUGGUGUACGGUGUGGUGCUCUGUCCGAGCUCCUCGAGUGCUAUGAACUCCUGGAGACUUACAGCCUGCCUGCCGCCCCUCUCACCGACGCUCUUCCCUUCAAUGAGAGCUCGAUGGGUCGUAGUAACUGGCAGGCUUUGUUGCGGCUGCCUCGCUGUCCAGCUGUUGAUAUCAACGCGUCAGCUGUUGGUAUCAACACAUCAUCAUCUGUUGGUAUCAACACUUCAGUUGUCACUGACGAGCGGCUAACCUGCAAUGGAUUUGAUGUCGUCCUCUACACGAAUAACGAAGUAGUCUCCCACGGCGAGCUCGUAGGUGCUGCUUCGAACGUCGCCUUCUAUGGAAUGAACGAUCUGAGGGAAGUCCUGUCUUACAUCGCCUCCAACCCUCAAGCUACCCUCAUACAAACUCGCCCUUUGAAACUACGCCAUUGGCUCCAGGCUGAAAGUAUGCGGAGGACGCUCUCUACUGCCACGGACUGCACCAAUAUCCUUUGUCAGCUCCGGAUGUGGCGGCAGUACUCCCGCAAAUACUGCCGAGCUACUGCUACCAAUGAUAAUACUGCUACCAAUGAUAGUACUGCUUCAAUUCUUUCCACUGCUACGGCUAUUCCUUCAUCUGUUAUAAGUAAUGAUGCCACUUCAGCCGUUUUAACCGAAUCGGCGUCUUCUGCUUCUUACACGCCUUUAUCUGAUACUCCAUCACGCUUGAGGGAAAGCAAUAUCGAAUCUCCGCGUGGAAACAAUCCGGGCGGUUUCACCAUUCAUACAAGUCAAAGUCUGCCUCCCUCUUGUAUCGAGAGCUCAAGCAACUCUUCAGAAGAAGCCAUUUCAUCUCGGUUGAAAUUCCUGCAGCCUCUAGCACAGGCACACGAUUCUGCUCCAUUAGAAGUGGUGGGGUUACCAAAUCCCGAGCUUUGUCUCCACAACAAACCUAUAUUACAUUUGCUGUAUAAUUUGGAUGAAUUGCCCGGAUCCCAGUCGUCUCGGUAGUUGUAUCUGAGAGCGAAGUUGCGCGAGUAUAUCGCGAAUAAAUGUCGAGUUUUCAACAGAAUUUGUAAUGGAAUUGAUUUGUAUCUUCGCGAGACUCUGUUUUUAGCGCAUUUUCUCAUUUAUGAAAAAAAUGCACUAUUGUGC